AUCUCAGCAAGAAAGUGGAAAUUGUUGUUAUACGGGAAGAUCUACUUCAACAAGAUAUAAAACAGGUAGAAAUUGCCGUCAUACAGGAAGAUCUACUUCAACAAGAGAUAAAGCGGGUGAAAAUUGCUGUUAUACAGAUACACAGUCAUAUACU